CAAAAGACAAAACUAGAAAUCUGUAGACCACAUCUCCCGUCUCCCUUCAAAAAACGACGCCGGCGACGACGACGACCCCCACCACCACCACCACCACCAUCGACGACACGGCACAGCACGCGAACCAGUCGCGGAAAAUUCGAGAAGGAAUUCGACGCUCGGGAAUCGGCCGGGAGAAGAGGAGGAAGACGACGAAUCGGAGCCUUAUGGUGUCCGUGAACCCGAACCCGGCGCAAGGGUUUUACUUCUUCGAUCCCGCGAACACGAGGAUCCACGGUGUCAACGCCGGCUCGGCGGCCGAGGGCGGCGGCGCCGCGCCGCCGUACGCGGAGGACCCGAGCAAGAAGGUGCGGAAGCCGUACACCAUCACCAAGUCCAGGGAGAGCUGGACCGAGCAGGAGCACGACAAGUUCCUGGAGGCGCUUCACCUGUUUGAUCGUGAUUGGAAGAAGAUUGAAGCUUUUGUUGGAUCAAAAACAGUUAUUCAGAUUCGUAGCCAUGCACAAAAGUACUUUCUAAAGGUUCAAAAGAAUGGGACAAGUGAACAUGUACCACCACCACGGCCAAAAAGGAAAGCUGCCCAUCCAUACCCACAGAAAGCACCUAAAGCUCCAGUUGUUUCCCAAGUCAAUGGGCCAUUUCAAGUUUCAUCUGCUUUUUUGGAACCCGGGCAUAUUGUCAGACCUGAUGGAUCAGCAUUGCUUGGGAAUUCCCGUACAAGUGUAGCCUUGUCUUCAUGGAGUCAUAACUCUGUACCCGCAAUGAGUGCAUCACAGGGGACAAAAGAUGUAGGAAUUUCUGGCCCACCAGUUCCAAGUAAUUGUUGCAACAGCAGUAGUAAUGACAGUACACCGAGGUCCUGGCCAAAUGCUCAAGCAAUUGAACCUUUGGAUCAACAGAAACAUCUUAGAGUUAUGCCAGAUUUCGCGCAAGUAUAUAGGUUCAUCGGCAGCGUUUUUGACCCGGAUGCUGGUGGUCAUCUACAGAGAUUGAAGCAGAUGGACCCUAUAAAUUUGGAAACGGUAGUGCUCUUGAUGAAAAAUCUCAGCGCAAAUUUGACAAGCCCCGAAUUCGAGAAAUAUCAGCAAGGCUUGUUUGCUCCAUAUGAGGGUGGUCCUGAGAAGUCCAAAUCUGGCGGUUCCUUCAAGUUGCUCCCCGAAAAAUCUGGAAGCCUAAUUCUGUCUGCGUAACUUGUGACUUUAACAAACUCGACCUCUUCAAGUCGGGCAUCGUCGGGGAAAACUGCACUGUCUUUGAAGAUCAAGAUUAGUAGUGGAGAAUAAAGAUGCACAAGGAUCGCCAAGCUGUGGGGAUCGCAAAACUGGUCCGUAACUGAGGUCUGGGCUUGUGGUUUUUGUAGGUCUGUAAAUAUCCUGUGAAAUGGGAACACGGCAGUUUGUGCGAACAAUGCUGAGAGACAUCAUCGGAAGUUUAGGCUUUGUAUAGGUUCUUAUCGGACUUUGUAUAUGGCUGCCAGAUACAGAGAUGUCGUGCGACCUAGAAUAAAGCUUAGGCGUCGGGUCUGUUGUGUUUAUGUAUAUGUGCGCGUGUAAGAUCGAAGAAGAGGAAGUAGUGAGGAACGUUUGAUCAGGUUGUGGUUUUUGGUAGACUAUAUUGCAUUGGCUGCUUUCUCUCC